AGCGCCGCGAGAACAAUGGCUACUGACCUCUGGCAGCACUGUCUAGCAGCAGUCCAGAAGUUCAGUGCAGUGUCGAUGGGCUGAUAGGCGCAGAGCUAUUCCAAUGCUCUGGCUCCCUCAAAUUGCCCGAUUCUACUGCAAAGCGGCGGCGAGAAAAAUCAUAUGAAGCUUUGCGCAUGGCUGGCACGCGACAGGCAGCUGCUCAUGGUAUGGAUGGUACUGGUGAGGGAGCGAUGCUGGCCACAUGGCUCCUGUGUACGGCCCCUUUGCUUGUCAGUGGGCUCAAAGUGCGCGGGAAGCACGAUUCAAUGGCGAGAGCUUUCUUCGCCCGCUCCGUUGCCUGUCAUUGCGCACUCGUCUGGACUUGCAAUACAGAGGUUUUGAGAAAUUGAGUAGAGC